UACACGCAGGUUUCAGGAUGGCGCUGUUCUCAGGCACACAGAGCUGAAUUGAUUAGCUCUAGUCGUUAGGUAUCCUAACUAUCCGGACGGUGGCCAUUCGCGUAAUGUUCUAUUUUUGAAAAAAUACAUUUAUUUAUUAUCUAUAUACUGCAGUCAUUUCAAAGAAAAAGAAAGGCUAUUCCAUCCGUCUCUACACCAAUUAAUACCCCCACCCGGAGGGGCCGCUGGACAAAAGAGCCAACGCACUUGUUCACGAAGGGGGGAACGGCGACCGGUAGGACACUGGGGCUUUCCAGCGGGCAGAGGCACUAUGCGGGGCGGGGAUGGUGUUCAACUUUCACGGCUUCUGCACUGCGCUCAACCAGGUGGUAGAGAUCACGUUGAAUCGUGGUGAGACCGUGGAGCGAUGGCUGAUGCCCCCGACUUGGCUAUGGUGAGGUUCUUCGUGUCCGAAAGUCAAAUUUUUCGGAUCAGACCACCUAUGGAUGGACCGCUUUGCAGGUGAUGGAGAGAAGAUGAUGAUCAUGUCGAGGGGGAUUUCAUUUAAUUGUUGAAAGGGAUUUGUGAUUCAGCCUUAAUACAUUACAUUACCCGGGCAUGGGAAGAAAACGAUGACGGGUUUCAAUUGACGAUGGUGACUGAAGGAAAAUAAGGAAAUUCAACAAACACCACAUUACUAUUUGUGUGUGGGGAUACCAGUUCAUCAAUGCGCGCGUGUAAAGCGAGUGUGAGGUGGCGGGAGACUGAUUUUCGUCACUGUACGAAACAUUGCGGAUGUUACAAAAUAAAUAAAUAAUUAUUGAUUGUUUCUAUUUUUCUUCAUUUGUUUGCCUUUUAAAGACGGCAACAAUGACCAACAUUCCCAAUAGAGAGGAUUAACGUGGUGGAUAUGUUUUUUAAUUUGAUUUUGAUCAUUUGAUUGCUUCGAAAAUUUCGUGUACCCUAUUUUAACAUUAGAAUACAGUGGUCAUUAAAAACGUUUAAAAUUGAAAAGUACAAGAGCGCAAUUGGCUUCUGAUGAGGCUACCACGUCGUGGAGAUAGUUCGGGAGAACACGAUGGAGCAGCCAUGGAGAACAUGAAACAUUUAUAGCCUGAGCUACUAACUCAUUUUGGAAUCUGACAUUAGCUUUAUUCUUCAUUUUGUGACAAUAAAAACUAUCCGAAGAGGAAACACAACGGACUUGUCAGUAGUGCAACAAGGCAAGCUAUUCAGCCCAGCGCACGUUAAUGUCUUUCACACCCGCACUUGGCCAUUAGGACUUACGCACCGAGAGAGGCUCGCCUACAUGGGCGUCUUCGUCUCGUAAGGGCCGCGCCGCACCUCUCCUAUGCAGGUGUAAGCAUAAUAAAACAAUUGUAUGUAUGAGCAGUCCUCAGGCAGAUGGGAUGUAAUGUUGUGUGGUCGCUCUGAGUAUUUGCCUCCUUCUCAGCUACUGCUGUUUUGUAAAGAUUUGGUGUCCAGAGAAUGGCGCGGUUCGAAAACGAGAUGCCGUCCAGGUAUGGCGGCGGCCCCGGCCAUGGGCCAGGGCAUGGACAUGGACCUGGGGGCCCUGGCCGCGGUGGCAGCAGGCAGGGCGGCCCGCAAGGAGGCCCCGGGGGCCAGCGGGUCUACAAACAGUCCAUGGCGCAGAGAGCCCGAACCAUGGCCCUGUACAACCCCAUUCCGGUGCGACAGAACUGCUUCACCGUCAACCGUUCGCUGUUUAUUUUCAGCGAGGAUAACUUUGUGAGAAAAUACGCAAAAAAGAUAACGGAAUGGCCUCCAUUUGAGUGGAUGAUUCUGGCCACCAUCAUUGCUAACUGUAUCGUGCUGGCUCUGGAGCAACACCUGCCCGAUGGGGACAAGACUCCUUUAUCCGAACGCCUGGAUGACACAGAGCCCUACUUCAUAGGGAUUUUCUGUUUUGAGUCAGGCAUUAAGAUCUUGGCUCUAGGAUUUGCCUUCCAUAAGAACUCCUACAUAAGAAACGGAUGGAAUGCCAUGGACUUCGUAGUAGUAUGCACAGGGAUCUUGUCUACAGUGGGGUCGGACUUCGAUUUGCGGACUCUGAGGGCGGUCCGUGUGCUAAGACCCCUCAAACUGGUGUCUGGUAUACCCAGCCUCCAGGUAGUCCUCAAGUCCAUCAUGAAGGCUAUGAUCCCCCUGCUGCAGAUCGGCCUGUUGCUAUUCUUCGCCAUCCUCAUGUUUGCUAUCAUCGGCCUGGAGUUCUACAUGGGCAAAUUCCACACUACGUGCUUUGACAUUUACACAGAUGAGAUCCGUGAGGAGUUUCCGUGCGGGACCGAAGCCCCAUCCAGACUGUGUCCUAAUGGGACUGUAUGUCGACAGUAUUGGCUGGGCCCAAAUUAUGGCAUUACCCAGUUUGACAACAUCCUGUUUGCCGUUCUCACAGUCUUCCAAUGUAUUACCAUGGAGGGCUGGACUGACCUGCUCUACUAUAGCAAUGAUGCUUCGGGAAGCGCAUGGAACUGGAUGUACUUCAUCCCUCUUAUAAUCAUCGGCUCUUUUUUCAUGUUAAACCUGGUGUUGGGUGUACUGUCCGGGGAGUUUGCCAAAGAGAGAGAGCGGGUGGAGAACAGGAGUGAGUUUCUGAAGCUGAGGAGACAGCAGCAGAUUGAGAGAGAGCUCAAUGGAUACCUGGAGUGGAUUUGUAAAGCAGAAGAGGUGAUCUUAGCAGAUGAUGAAGACCCUGAUGCUUUUGAUGGCACCCGCAGGAGACCCACUUUGAAAAACCACAAAAACAAAUCAGAUCUCCUUAACCCAGAGGAUGGGGAUGGAGACCUGGCCUUGGGUUCUCCCUUUGCGCGGGCCAGUCUAAAGAGUUCAAAGCUGGAGGGCUCUGACUUCCAUAAGAGGGAGCGUCGUCUGCGAUUCUUCAUCCGACACAUGGUGAAAACCCAGUAUUUCUACUGGAGUGUCCUGUGUCUGGUGGGACUCAACACAUUGUGUGUGGCAGUGGUACACUACGACCAGCCUGAACCACUCUCAGAUUUCCUCUACUUUGCAGAGUUUGUCUUCUUGAGUAUCUUCAUGUCUGAGAUGGGUAUAAAGAUUUAUGGACUGGGAUCACAGCCUUACUUUCACUCCUCUUUCAACUGCUUUGACUGCAUUGUCAUAUGUGGCAGUAUAUUUGAGGUGCUCUGGGGUUUCAUCCAGCCUGGAACAUCCUUUGGUAUCAGUGUGUUACGAGCUCUAAGGUUACUGAGAAUCUUCAAAGUCACCAAGUACUGGGCAUCUUUGAGGAACCUGGUUGUAUCUCUUCUCAACUCCAUGAAAUCCAUUAUAAGCCUGCUCUUCCUCCUCUUCCUCUUUAUCGUGGUCUUCGCUCUGUUGGGCAUGCAGCUCUUCGGAGGACAGUUUAAUUUUGACGCGGGCACUCCCCCGACCAACUUUGAUACCUUCCCUGCAGCAAUAAUGACUGUGUUCCAGAUCCUGACCGGUGAAGACUGGAACAUGGUGAUGUACGAUGGGAUAGAGUCUCAGGGAGGAGUCGACAAGGGCAUGGUCUUUUCCGUCUUCUUCAUCGUGCUUACACUUUUUGGCAACUACACUUUGCUGAAUGUGUUCUUGGCCAUUGCUGUGGACAAUCUGGCCAACGCACAGGAACUCACUAAGGAUGAGCAGGAAGAGGAAGCAGCUGCUUCCAAGAAGAAUGCCUUGCAGAAAGCCAAGGAAGUAGCUGAAGUGAGCCCCCUGUCUGCAGCCAACCUCUCCAUAGCUGCUGAGAAAGUAAACAGCACAGGUCACAACGCGUCUGACCCCUUUCUGGACUGUAGUAAGGAGCAACAGAAGAACCAUAAAGGGGGCAGUAAGUCAGUGUGGGAGCAGAGGACCAAGGAGCUGAGGAAACAGACUCUAAUGACCAGCCGAGAGGCCCUUUACAACGAGCUGGACCCAGAGGACCGCUGGAAGGUGUCCUACUCACGCCACAUCCGUCCCGACAUGAAGACCCACACAGACCGUCCUCUGGUGGUGGACCCCCAGGAGAACCGCAACAACAACACCAACAAGACCACCAACGACCCGGACCCGCGCCUCAGCCAGCAGCACGCUGAUCAGCUCCUCUGCAACCAGACCCGAUUCCACGAGAGAGGAGGAGGAGGUGGGGACGGGGGCUCCGGGUCGGGCCCGGGGAGGCCCUACGAGAGGGUGGAGUCCACAGAGAGCCGCAGGAGCCGAAAAGAAAGUAAGGAGCACCAGGAGCACCACCACUCCUCCUGCGGCCGCCUGGAUGCGACGAUGCUGGGCUAUGGCGGAGAGGAAAGGCCCCCGAAGAGACACCACCACCCCCACGGUCAGGGAGGCUCCUCGGAGCACAGGAGACCGCGGCAGCACUGCAGGCCGACAGAGGAGGAACAGGGGGACGCUGGAGGCGGUGGAGGGGAAAGGAGGCACAGGAGCAGAGGGACGGAAGGGGGGACGGAAGGGGAGCUGGAAGGGGGUGAGGGGGGCGAGAGGAGGCCGAGGCGGCAUCGGUGUGAUGGUGAGGGAAAGAGGACACGACAACACCGCAGGAAGGAUGGUCCCACCCUGUCCACCACGCGGCCCAUCCAGAAGAGCCUCUGUAGGCAAGACAGCCAGUACAGCGAGGACAUGGACAAUGUCAUGAACAGUAAACUGGCCACCAGCCAACCCCAGCUACCACAGCAGCCCUGCCCAGCCUCUGGCCUCCCUAGCCCAGCCAACCACACUACUCCAGGCCCAGGCUUCUGCCCUGCAGGCCUCAACCCUCACCUGACACGCAGCAGCUCCCAACUGGGCCGAGAUGGAACCAUGGUACCUGCAUAUGGAAGUAGCACCCGGAUACCGGAGCACACGGCCGUGGACAUCCCACCCAUCUUCCCCUCCCACAAUGCCAUUCUGCAGGUCAACAAGAACGCUAACACAGAGCCUCUGCCUAAAAAGGAGGACAAGGAUGAUGAUGAUGAUGAGAAGGGUGAUGAAGGUGGUCCCAAACCCAUGCCUCCCUACAGCUCCAUGUUCAUUCUGUCUACCACCAACCCGUUCCGGAGACUUUGCCACUACAUCGUGACCCUAAAGUUCUUUGAGUUUGGUAUCCUGUCUGUGAUUGCUAUGAGCAGUAUCGCCCUGGCAGCAGAAGACCCUGUCUGGCCUGAAUCACCCCGCAACAAUGUACUGCGCUACUUUGACUAUGUCUUUACGGGGGUGUUCACCUUUGAGAUGUUGAUUAAGAUGGUUGAUCUGGGCCUGGUGUUGCACCAGGGCUCCUACUUCCGUGACCUGUGGAACAUCCUGGACUUUAUAGUGGUUAGUGGUGCUCUGGUGGCCUUCGCCUUCACGAGCAGUACCCGGGGGAGCAGCAAGGGGAAAGACAUCAGCACGAUCAAGUCUCUGAGGGUACUAAGAGUGUUGCGACCUCUUAAAACGAUCAAGCGCCUUCCGAAGCUCAAGGCUGUGUUUGACUGCGUAGUCAACUCCCUGAAGAACGUCUUGAACAUCCUUAUUGUCUACAUGCUCUUCAUGUUCAUCUUCGCUGUGGUGGCUGUACAGCUGUUCAAAGGAAGAUUUUUCUACUGCACAGAUGAGUCAAAAGAGUUUGAGCGGGAUUGCAGGGGCGAAUACCUAGUCUAUGAACGGAAUAACGAAGUGAAGGCGCAGAAGCGGGAGUGGAAGAAGUACGAUUUCCACUACGACAACGUGCUUUGGGCCCUGCUCACCCUCUUCACAGUGUCUACCGGAGAGGGGUGGCCGCAGGUGCUGAAACAUUCAGUGGAUGCGACUUAUGAGAAUCAGGGCCCGAGCCCGGGGUACCGGAUGGAGAUGUCCAUCUUUUACGUGGUGUACUUCGUGGUCUUCCCCUUCUUCUUCGUCAACAUUUUCGUGGCUCUCAUCAUCAUCACUUUCCAGGAGCAAGGAGACAAGAUGAUGGAGGAUUACAGUUUAGAGAAAAACGAGAGAGGCUGUAUAGACUUUGCCAUUAAUGCCAAACCCCUGACGCGACACAUGCCCAAGAACAAGCAAAGCUUCCAGUACCGCAUGUGGGAGUUUGUGGUGUCGCCGCCAUUCGAGUAUACAAUCAUGGCUAUGAUUGCCCUCAACACAAUCGUACUGAUGAUGAAGUACGAUGGAGCCUCUCCGGCCUACGAGACUGUGCUGGCCAACCUUAACAUCGUGUUCACAUCGCUGUUCUCCAUGGAGUGUGUGCUCAAGAUCAUUGCUUUUGGAGUUCUGAAUUACUUCAAAGAUGCCUGGAACAUUUUUGACUGUGUGACAGUCCUGGGCAGCAUUACAGACAUUUUAGUGACUGAGCUCGGGAUGAAUAAUUUCAUCAACCUGAGUUUCCUGAGACUGUUCAGGGCUGCCAGGCUCAUUAAACUGCUCCGGCAAGGAGAGACCAUCCGCAUUCUCCUCUGGACCUUUGUCCAGUCUUUCAAGGCCCUGCCCUAUGUGUGCCUCCUCAUUGGCAUGCUGUUCUUCAUCUAUGCCAUCAUUGGGAUGCAGCUGUUUGGGAACAUUGGGAUGGAGGAGGAAGAGGGGAGCGCCAUCAACCAACACAACAAUUUCAGGACCUUCUUCCAAGCUCUCAUGCUGCUCUUCAGGAGUGCCACCGGCGAAGCGUGGCAUGACAUCAUGCUGUCGUGUCUUGGAGGGAAGCAGUGUGACCCUCUGGCGGGGAACACCCAACCAGAGUGUGGCAGCCAGUUUGCCUACCUCUACUUUGUGUCCUUCAUCUUCUUCUGCUCCUUCCUGAUGCUGAAUCUGUUUGUUGCUGUCAUCAUGGACAACUUUGAGUACCUGACCAGAGACUCCUCCAUCCUCGGGCCUCAUCAUCUAGAUGAGUACGUCAGGAUAUGGGCCGAAUAUGACCAAGCAGCUUGUGGCAGGAUCAGUUGCAGGGAUAUGUAUGACAUGCUCAGGCAAAUGAGCCCACCGCUGGGCCUGGGGAAGAGGUGCCCGUCACGGGUAGCCUACAAGAGGCUGCUGCGGAUGGACCUCCCGGUUGCCGACGACAACUCUGUCCACUUCAACUCCACCCUGAUGGCCCUGAUCCGCACAGCGCUGGACAUCAAGAUUGCCAAGGGUGCGGAAGGUGGCGUGGACAAACACCAGAUGGACGCGGAGUUGAGGAAAGAGAUGAUGGCGAUUUGGCCCAAUCUCUCUCAGAAGACCCUUGACCUCCUGGUUACGCCACACAAGUCAGCCACUGACCUGACUGUGGGGAAGAUCUACGCUGCCAUGAUGAUUAUGGAAUACUACCGCCAGAGCAAGGCCAAACGCUCACAGGCACGACUUGAGGCGGAGCAGAAUCGAACGACAUUACUGUUUCAGCGCGUGGAGCCACCCUCCCCCACAAAGGACGGGCCUCCCAGCCUCCCUCCUACCCAGCCAGCAGACCCCAUCAUCAGCCUGCUGGUGGAGGGGGGGGUACCGGAGAGCCAGUCGUGGGUGACUGCACGGGCUCAGGAGAUGUCCCAGAGAGUUGGCAGCUGGAGCCCUGAGGGACAGCACUCUGAGGAGGGACUUGACAGCAGGCAUAACUUGCAGACGGUAGAGAUGAGAGAGAUGGGGCGUGACGGUUACUCAGAUACCGAGCAUUAUCAGCCAAUGGAAGGUCACGGAAGGGCAGCGUCCAUGCCACGCCUUCCAGGCGACAACCAACAGCGAAGGAAAGGGAGGCACCGUGGAAGUAAUCUCAGUACCAUAACAGACAACAGUCCAAUGAGGCGCUCAGCCUCCUCCCUGGGCCACAGUCGACCCAGGAGGGGCCCGAGAGAGAGGGGCGCGGCUGACGAUUACGCAAUGGAACGGGUCUUCCCUGAGGAGGGCGAAGCACCGAGGCACGCCCACCGGCGCCGCGAGCGAACUCACAGAGCCUCUGAGAGGUCACUGAGUCGAUAUGCUGACGCAGACACGGGGCUGGGCACAGACCUGAGUACCACCACUCAGUCAGGGGACCUGCCACCCAAGGAGAAGGACCGCGAUAGAGAUCGCGGUCGGCAGAAAGACCGCAAACACCACCACCAUCACCACCAUCACCACAGCGGCUCUGUAGACAAAGAGCGCUACGCCCCCGAACGAGCUGAGCGGGGUGGAGAGUACAGUGGUCACAGACAGCCCCGAGGAGACAGAGACCACAACCGAGAAAGGGACCGUGACCAUCGCUGGUCACGAUCACCCAGCGAGAGCAGAGAGUGCAUGACACACAGACAGGGCAGUAGUUCGGUGAGCGGAAGUCCUGCCCCUUCCACCUCGGGGACCAGUACCCCGAGACGAGGCCGUCGGCAACUCCCCCAGACCCCGGCAACUCCCCGCCCACACGUCACCUACUCUCCCGUCGUCCGUAAAGCUAUGGCCACACCUCCUGGACCCCCGACCCAGGGACGCCUUCCUGCUCCUGCCCCUUGCCGCUUCUCCCCUGAGCCUGCCCAGGGCCCUCCCCCACUCCACCAUGGCUCAACCCAUCAGGCUCGCCACCCCCCUCCCUGCUGGGUGGAUGAAGGAGGAGAGAGGGGAUCUCAGGAGGGCGACGGCUGCUUCUACAACCAGGAGUAUCAGGAUUAUGACCGUGAGCGCCAUGAACCACCUGCCUACGAGCAGAGCCCCUCAGAGGGCAACCCUCACAACCCUCACCCUCUGAACCACACCUCUCUCCCCCUGCAAAACCACCCGCCAGCCCCCCCUCAACAGCACCCCAACAACCCUAACCCCCGCACCUCGCCCAGGACUUCCUUCCACGCGCCCCCACCCACCACCACCCCCGCCCCGCAGGGGCAGCAGCCUCACCCACCACGACGGCUCCCCAACGGAUACCGCGCCUCCUCCCCCUCCUCGCAGCACCACCACGGUCCCACCCACCCCGGACCCCACAAGGUACAUCCUUCCCAGCUCAGAGGGCCCCGAACAAAGGGCCUGCAUGAACCCUACAAUAAUACAGAGGAGGACGACUGGUGCUAGCCUCAGGGGACAGGGAAGGGAGUGAGGUUUGGAGGAAUGGAGAGAGGGGAGGAGGAGGGUGGGAGGAAUGGAGAGAGGGAGGAUAUAUAGAGGAAUGAAGACAGAGUUGGAGACAGGGAGGUGUGGAGGAAUGAAUACAGGGAUGGAGACACAUUGUGAGUUGUCAGUCCCUAUCUCACAGCCCAGGGAAAUACCCAGCCAACAGACAGGGGAAACCAAGGCAUGAUUCUUUCUUUUUGUCUUUCCAUUGGUUUUUCUUUUUUGUUUCCUCUGCUGCUCAGUGUUUCUCUGGCAGGGGUUUACUGAGGAAGUGUUUGUUGGGAUGGAGGAGGUAGAGCCACUUUUGGAGUGGACAUUUUUGGAGUUUGGAGGACAAAGAAAUUCCUCCAUAAAAGAAACUAUGGAACCCAGCUCAUCGGAUGCAAGGAGUCAAAAAACAAAAAAACUCUAACUUUAGUUUUUCAAAAUGAAGGAACGAGGGGGAUGGACGCUUUUCUUGACAUGUCAUGAGCUACACUUCUGGAACGGAAACAAAAUACAGAAAUAACAUCGUCCAAGACGUAACCACGUAAUCGAUUGCAAAAACCAACCACAAACCCCAAUGACAGGGGUGAUAUUGAUGAGUUUUAUCAUCUGUGUUUACUGUUAAUAAUGACAUCACUGACGAUGAGCCUUCCAUCUGAGUAUGGAGCGCUGGGGUGGGGGGUUAAGGAGUGGGGGCACCCAAACUUGGUUGCAAAGGAGGAAUCCACCCAUUCCAACCCCCAAACUACCCCCAAAAUAUUCUGCCCAACCCAGGAGAGAAGAAACACAAAAAAGUGGAUGGCAAAAAAAAUGAAACAAAGAAACAAAAAUAACAUUUUGACAGUAUUUCUUCUUCUACUCCUGCGGCUGCUUCUUCUUCCUCUUAUUCUUCUAUUUCUUCAAAACAUUGAAGCUUGGUUCUUCUGUUGCACCCGCUCAGCUUUGUUUGAACUCGCAGAGUUUAAAACCUGUGGAAUCCUGCAUGAUUGAUACAACAAAAAAGAGAACUAAGAGAAAAUAGUGUAAUGUGGGGUGAAACGAUUCCUUGGUCCUUUCUGUUUUAUUCUGUGGGGUUCUCUCUUUUUCCUGUAAUCCCUUUGUUUCUCUCCUUUUUCCCUAGUAUUGUUUAUACCUGGAGCUAGCAUACAUCCUCUGUUCUGUGCCCACAUUCUGAUUGUGCCUGUCAUGAAUAAUUAUUUAAAAAGAGGUUUCACUGUCCUGAUAUGUGUACAGUGAGAUGGUUUUCAGAAAUGUCUGACUACUUCUGCAGGUGGAAGAUUUUGGAUCGUCUAAACCUUAGCCGCAGAUUUGGACCCAAUUUGAAUCUGGACAAUAUCAAAAAGAUGCUUUGUAGAACCUAGUAUAGGUGGUCCUCCUGUUGUGUCUCAACCUUUAAUCAGGAUAGUGUCGGAUGGAGAGAAGACAGUAGCCACGUUAUACCCGGUGCUAUCAUGUGUCAUUUGUCAUGAUCUUCUGGUUCUGACAUGCUUAAGCAGGUGUAGGCAAUUAAAAUACGCAAUGUGAUUUGAUUAUGUUUAUUUGUGUAAACAGACAAGCUGUUUAAGAAGGAUGCAUGUUAGAACAAGGUGUACAACAAGGUUGCUGAGGUCUUGCCCAGUCUUUUUUAGGCAGAGGUAUAGAAGUUAGCUGUCUUCACAAUUGUUUCCUAUUUAAAUGAUCAGUGCCAAAUUGUUACCUUUUAAGAGGGUGAAAUUGCACUGUCAUUUUCAAAAAAGUUGAUAUUUUGUUACUAGGCCUGCUCUAAUUUCAUAGAAGGAAAGAAGGGAGGAAGAAAUGAAAAUGCUGAAUCUAUUUUAGGUUCAUAUUAACAGGAAUUUGAAACUAGAGCAGAAGGUUGCACACACGUUCCACAUAGCCCACUCGAACCAGAGAUAUGUCUGUAAUCUUCCAGAGUUUGUGUUUGAAAAAGGGAUAAAGAGAAAGAGAGAGAGAAAGAAAGGCAGAUAAAAGGCGGGAACCUCUUCAUCUUUUCUUUACUUGUUAUAGUGAUACUGGUUCUAUAGAUACUGAUUACAAUGCUAAUGAUAAUGAUGACUAUGACAAUGCUAAUGAUAAUGAUGACUAUGACGAUGAUCAUGAUGACAAUAACAACAAUAAUAUGUUCAUGCUUGUGAGAGAGAAUCUCUGUAUUUCUAUUUUGUUUUACAUUCCUUUGUUUGCUUUCCAGUAAUUUUUUCUCAGCUCAUCACUGUCUUAAUGAAACGGUCCUGUCUUAGUCCACUGGUCUGGCUGGUGGUUGGAGCUCUGUCAGAGAGGCGGAAACAAGGGUCAUCAUAAUAAAGUGAAAUAGGUUUGGGAAUGCACUGUAGAUGAAGGUACGCAAGUUAUUCUCAAUUACUUCAUGGGCCCUUAAUGUACUUAUUAACAUAUUUUUGUUUCAUGUCAGACCUUUACAUUUUAUAUGUAGUCUGUCCACAAUAGAUAAGCACACACUUUGAGUAAGACUAUGUCAGGAAUCAUAUCUGACGUAUCGGUUUGUACGUUAGACAGUUGUUUAUUGAUGUUACAUGCAUUAAACUUUUGUGUAAAUAUUGGGAAGCUAAGAGCCUCUUUACACUAAGUUUUAUUUAGAUAAACAACCACUGUAUCUGACAAAUUUCUGUCAGAUACAGUGGGGAGAACAAAACCUGCCGAUUUUGCAGGUUUUCCCACUUACAAAGCAUGUAGAAGU